AAAGCGACGGAAACAGAGACUUUGGCGCCCGGUUCAACUCCAGUGAGCCGAUCACCCGGGGCCGGGGUUUCUUUACGUUUCCCUCCCGCAGAGCGAGCCUCCUCUCCGGUGAUGGAGUUUGGCAGAGAGCGGGUGGUGGCGUUAGUGGACAUGGACUGUUUCUACGUGCAGGUGGAGCAGAGGCUGGACGCAGCUCUGAGCAACACUCCCUGUGUGGUGGCCCAGUACAAGACGUGGAAAGGAGGCGGCAUUAUAGCUGUGAGCUACGAGGCCAGGGCCCACGGUGUCACCAAGAACAUGUGGGUGGACGAUGCAAAGAAACUGUGCCCAGACCUCCAAGUGGCACGUGUGCGUGAGUCUCGUGGCAAGGCAGACCUAACGCAUUACAGGGAGGCGAGUGUGGAGGUGAUUGAGGUUAUGUCUCGCUUUGCUGUGAUUGAGAGAGCCAGCAUCGAUGAGGCCUACAUGGAUCUGACGGCUGCGGUCCAGCAGCGGCUGAAAGACAUGGCCAACAAACAGAUAGAGCCUCAUCUCCUAAGGAUGACCUACAUCCAGGGGUACCCACAAAGCUCACCUGAACUGCAAGCAUCUACAGAGGAUUCUGUGUUAGACAAAGAGGAGCAGAGGUCCAAAGGUCUCCAGCAGUGGCUGGCAUCCUUACCUGUCCUCCUGACAGGGGCGCAGAGCUCUGCAGAACUGCAGCUGACUGUGGGGGCGCUCAUUGUUGAGGAGAUGAGAGCAGCCGUGGAGAAACAUACAGGUUUCCGCUGUUCAGCAGGGAUAUCACACAAUAAGGUACUGGCCAAACUUGCCUGUGGACUGAACAAACCUAACAGACAAACUGUUCUGCCUUUAGACUCUGUUUCAGAACUUUUCAACUCUUUACCCAUCGGCAAGAUUCGUAACCUGGGGGGGAAGCUCGGUGCCUCUAUUACAGAAACUCUGGGAAUAGAGAACAUGGGAGAUCUGACUCGCUUCUCGCAGGCCCAGCUGGGGCAGCACUUUGGAGAAAAAACAGGCCAGUGGUUGUAUGACUUGUGUCGGGGGAUUGAGUUUGAAGCAGUGAAACCCAGACAGCUUCCCAAGUCCAUCGGCUGUAGUAAAAACUUCCCUGGGAAAACAUCACUGGCCACGAAAGAGCAAGUACAAUACUGGCUUCAUCAACUGGCUCUUGAGCUAGAGGAGCGGCUGACCAAGGACAGAGAAGUGAACGGUCGAGUGUUUAAGCUGCUGACAGUUGGUGUACGUCAGCUCGGGGAUAAGAGGCAGAGCAGCUUCUCUCGAUGUUGUGCUUUAGUGCGCUACGAAGCAACCAAAAUUUCUAGUGACAGCUUUGCCAUUAUCAAGAGCCUGAACACAGCAGGAAACCACCAGGCGACGUGGGCUCCACCUCUCACCCUGCUACACCUUUCUGCAAGCAAAUUCAGUGACGCUUCAUCAGCAGGGGGGAUAGCUGGUUUCCUUUCCGGUGAUGUCACUUCGACCCAGAGCCUCUUCUCUACCGCUCAGUCCUCCACCCAGCCGACCUCUGAACUGAAAAAUAACUCGCCAUGCAGACAACCUGCCACCAUUCAGUCCUUCUUUCAAAAGGCGACUGAGAAACAAAGACUGAAGGUGAUGAAAGAAGAAGAUGAGGAGGAUGAAGUUGGAGUCUCCAAAGGAAUUCUCCCAUGUUCCUCCUCCUCUCACAAAACAUCUGGAACUGGUAGUCAGUUGGAGACAGAUGCCAGUAUCACAGUUUCAUCCGUUUCAAUUUCACCUCACUCUAAAAAUGGUUCUUCAAGCCCCCAUCCUGGAAUUUCCUCUUUCUUCCACAAAAAGAAUCUUGAAAGAAGCUUACAGGCCUCAGCACCAGUGCUGAGCAGCACUGAAGCAGAAGUCGGACCCGGCAGUGUCAAUAAAAGAGAGGAAUUGGAAGACACUGUGGCUGUUUUGUCAGGCCUGCAGGAAAGAAAUAGCUCAGAGUUUACGUUCCACCAGACACCAUGUGAAGAGUUCAAGGAUGAACUGGACACUGGUCCAGGGGGAAAUCCCCAUCCUCCCAGUGUGGCCAGAGAGGACCUCUUGAACUGUGAACGCUGUGGCCAGGAUGUGUUGGUCUGGGAAAUGCCUGAACACAAUGACUAUCACUUUGCCCUGGACCUCCAGAAUUCACUUUCUUCUUCAUCUGCUGGUUCAGCAUCAGUCUCUGCCUCCUCUUCCUCUGCAUCUUCUCUCAGGGUGGCAGCAGCAGGCACGACCCAGUCCGCCCGGGGCAAGACAAAAACCAGGGGCCAGUCAGGACCACAACCAAAAAGACCCCGCUCUCAGGGUGGAAGUACGACCACUCUGGAUUCUUUUUUUAAGAGGAACUGAACAUGUAUUGUAGACAAAACAUUUUAAAAUAAAAAUAGAUGGUAAUAAGCU